AUGGAUGAUUUUACCCCUACAUUUGACGACAACAUUGCAGCAUACAUGAGCAAUGAUCCUGACUAUCUGAGUUGCAAGAAGAAGGAAUGCAAAAAGUAUCGGAAUGGUCGAUGCUUGGUGUCCACUUGUGGUGGUGCAUUAUCAUUUCAUGUUAUUAACAUCAGAACGGACAUUGAAUUUGUGUUGUUUUCUGGUGGAUUCGAGGCACCUUGCAUUUUGAAAAGGUCAAGCCCUGUGAGAUUUGCCACUCCAAAUAAGCCAUUAUAUGGACAUCUAUCGAGCAUAGAUUCGACGGGAACAUCGAUACGAUUAACAUGGGUCAGUGGUGAUCAGAAACCUCAGCAAGUACAAUAUGGUGACGGAAAAAAACAGACGUCACAAGUUACUACAUUUUCACAAGAUGACAUGCAAAGUUCAGCUCUACCAAGUCCAGCCAAGGACUUCGGAUGGCAUGACCCAGGCUUCAUUCAUUCAGCAGUAAUGACAGGACUUAAGCCUUUAUCUAAUUUCUCUUAUAGAUAUGGAAGUGAUUCAGUUGGUUGGAGCAAUGAAAUCCAAUUCCGGACUCCCCCAGCAGGAGGAUCUGAUGAACUCAAAUUUCUCGCAUUCGGUGAUAUGGGAAAGGCUCCUCGUGAUGGUUCGACGGAGCAUUACAUUCAGCCAGGAUCCCUCUCAGUAAUUCAAGCAAUGGCUGACGAAAUAAAUUCAGGGCAAGUAGAUUCUAUCUUCCACAUUGGAGACAUUAGCUACGCCACUGGAUUUUUAGUUGAAUGGGAUUUUUUCCUACACCAAAUAAGUCCUGUCGCUUCUCGAGUUUCUUACAUGACAGCUAUUGGAAACCAUGAGAGGGACUAUAUAGACACUGGAUCAGUUUACAUAACCCCAGAUUCAGGUGGAGAAUCUGGUGUUCCUUAUGAGACCUAUUUUCCGAUGCCAACCCCGGCAAAGGAUAAGCCAUGGUAUUCCAUAGAACAAGCAAGUGUUCACAUCACGGUGAUAUCUACAGAGCAUGACUGGUCCCAAAACUCUGAGCAGUAUCAAUGGAUGAGAAGGGACAUGGCUUCUGUUGAUCGAUCCAAAACUCCUUGGUUGAUUUUUAUGGGGCAUAGACCCAUGUAUACCUCCGCAGAAGGACUCUUCAGUGUUGAUCCAAAAUUUGUUUUUGAAGUGGAACCAUUACUGCUUCAAAGCAAAGUUGAUUUGGUCCUAUUUGGUCAUGUCCAUAACUACGAGCGAACCUGCACGGUUUAUAAGAGUCAAUGCAAGGGAUUGCCUGUUAAAGAUGAAAAUGGGAUCGACACAUACGAUCAUAGCAACUACAGUGCCCCAGUGCAUGCAGUAAUUGGUAUGGCUGGCUUUACCUUGGACAAGUUUCCAACUGGUGUAAAUAAUCCUUGGAGCUUAUCGAGGAUUUCUCAAUUUGGUUAUCUCAGAGGAUAUGCCACAAAGAAGGAGAUGAAAUUAGAGUUCGUGAACGCAGAUACAAGAAAAGUUGAGGACAGGUUCCGCAUUACAAAAGCAAGUUCAUCUAAUUAGAAACAUGUAAUUUAAUAAUAUAUAGAUGAGUUACUUCUAUCUGUAAGUAUUCAAGAAGAGGUAAAUGGUAGUUGAUUACCUUCUCUUUUCUUUAAAAUAAAAUAAAAAAUUGCAUGUCUCCUAUGGUGGCCUAAUUUUGGGCAUUCUUCGUCCUACACAUUUAUGCUUCAAUGCGUCAUGU